AUGACCGACGGUACAAGUGUGUCUUUUGAUGAUCUCAAGAGAACUAAUAGAAGGGGAUACGGUGAAUCUGGACCUAUAAGAAAGCCUCACUUUCAAAUUCUUAGACCUCUUAAUGAAGUUAACCUAAACACAGAAAGUAAAAUUAUCGUAUCAAACCUUGGAUAUAAAGUGACCGAAGCAGAUUUAUAUGAGCUAUUCGGCGAGAUGAUAGGUCCCGUACGCGAAAUCGCGCUCGACUAUGAUAAACUUGGUCAUUUCAAGGGGUCAGCAGUAAUUGUUUUCGCUAGAAGAGGCGAUGCAGUUAGAGCAGUGGAACGAUUUCGCGGCGUGACGUUGGAUGGUCAAGAAUUAAAGAUUGAAGUAAUUGUCAUGCCGCGGAAAACCCCGAUUUGCCAACGUAUGGGAAGCAUUGAUCCAAAUUUUAGGCGAGGAGUCGGAUUCAGAGGUGGUUUAAGGAACGGACGACUUAGCGGCAGAAAGGGAUACGGUCUUGGUGGAAGAUCACAAGGACCAACUCCUACCAAAGAACAACUCGAUACAGAACUCGAUGAAUAUAUGCAAAUCGAGGACUAA